AUGGGUGUCCAAGUAUCUGUAGUCAUUCCAAACUGGUGGUGCCGGUGGGCUCUGCCCUGGGCCAUGCUGCUGCUUCUCUUAGGUUCUGAGUUCCUGGAAGAAGUAGAGAGUGAAGAUGAAAAACCUACAAUGAGCUACUUACUUGCAACUGUGGAGUAUGCCAUACACAUAUUCAACCUGCAGAGCAAUGAUACAAAUGCCUACAGGCUGGUGCGCAUCUUAAAGCCCAGGAGAGAGCAGUUCAAGGAGGACAGCACAUUGGCAUUCUCUUUUGAGCUUCAGCUUAGAAGAACAAGAUGUGGGAAAUUUGAUGAAGACAUUGACAACUGUCCCUUUCAAGCAAGUUCAGAGAAGAACAAUAUCAUCACCUGCUUUUUCACCAUCGCCAGUGAGCCCUGGUUAACACUGUUUGAACUCUGGAAUAAGACCUGCUUGGAUGGCUUCCACAAAUGA